GGCACUGGUCUGCCACUACAGCCGCUACUUCUCACAGGAGCUUUUCCAUAUAAUAUGCAAGAAUUGGUGCUUAAAGUAAGAGUUCAGAAUCCCAGAGAGAAUGACUUCAUUGAAAUUGAACUCGACAGACAGGAGCUGACUUAUCAGGAUCUGAUCAGAGUGAGUUGCUGCGAACUGGGGGUUAAUCCUGAACAAGUGGAGAAGGUUAGAAAGUUACCCAAUACACUAGUAAGAAAGGAUAAAGAUGUUGCAAGGCUUCAGGAUUUUCAAGAAUUGGAACUAGUUUUAGUGAAAAGCAUCAAUUCUUCUUUCAGAAAUGCUGCUGCAGCAAUAUUGAUGGAAAGACCCUGCUACAACACUAAAGCAGCUAAACUGACAUAUUGAAGUUUAAUAUUUUACAGCAGUAGAUUAAGUCAUAUAAAUCCUUACAUUCUUGUUAAGGUUAAUAGCAUAUCUUUACUAGUGAAUAUUUUUAUAU